UCUUUUCUCUUCAACGAGGUGGCAGAGCGGUUUGGUGGCGGCGGCCUUGCGGAUUCGCGCCAGCAGACGCAGAGAUGCAGAUCUUUGUGAAGACCCUGACGGGCAAGAGCAUCACCCUCAAGGUCGAGCCCGGUGACACCACUGAGAAUGUCAAAGCCAAAAUCCAAGACCAGGAGGGCAUCCCAGUCCACCCUGCACUUGUGCUUCGCCUCCGGGGUGGCAUCAUCGAGCCUUCCCUCCGCCAGCUGGCCCAGAAAUACAACUGCCACAAGAUGAUCUGCCGCCAGUGCUAUGCUCGGCUGCACCUCCGCCCUGUCAACUGCCGCAAGAAGUGCGGCCACACCAACAACCCGCACCCCAAAAAAAAAGGCGCCUCCAGUGGCUCUCCCUUUGCCCACAGGGCGGCCUCCUGCUCGAGCCCCAAGGCCCAAUAA